UCCCGUGCCAGAUCUAGCAUUCCAGACUCUAGAGCGCCGUUUCAAUCUCAUCGAGCUCCAGAGCGCCCCUCACCUCCGUCCAGCCACCGUCUGCGCGCUCACUUCCCCUCCAUCGCGCAGCAGCCAUCGCAACCUUCGAAGCCUCCGUCGCGCAACCUUCGAAGCCUCCAUCGCGCAGCAGCCAUCGCAAACUUCGAUGCCACCGUCUACUCCACCACUCUUGCAUGCUCUGUCUCCCUCGGUGUCUCUCGGUGUCUCUGUCUCCCUUGGUCACUCGGUGUCUCUGUCUCUGUCUCUCGGUGUCUCUGUCCCCCUCCGCAACCACAGUCUCUUGCAUGUUCUCUAGGUUCGAAUCCCUCUGUCUCUGAUUUUCAAUCUUCACUUCCUUUUCUCCAAAUUAGGGUUAGGGUUUUCCAAUUUCCCACUAUCAACAAUCCAAGACACUCGAUUGAACUCAGCAGCAACUAAAAUGGAAGAGCAAUCAGUAGUAAACGGCAUCGUUUCAGGUUCAAGCAGUUCCAGAACGACACAGGAGCUUGCAAUGGAAGGCCAGAAGUACCUCGAAGAAACCAUAGAGUACGCUUUUCAGAUCCUAUCUUCCAUGAACGACGAGCUCUGCAACCCCGUUUUGUGGUCCAUUGCUUCUCCGUCUGCAGCUUCCUCAGCUUCCCCGCUUCACCAUAACAACGGUCCUUCUUCUCACUCUUCCAACGGUGGCGCCGGAGAUGCUGCCUCCGAUAACUCCAACCACCAUGCUGAGAGUGGUGCCGUUGGUGGAGGAGCUGGUGCUGGUGGCGCACUCGAAGAGGCAAGGUUUCGCUAUAAGAACGCUAUUGCUUCUCUUCGAAACGUUCUCGAAGCAAUUCCCAAUUCUCAAAAGGCAAAAUCAUUUGACACUGGUUCAACUGAUAGUCCAAUGGAAUUGGAUGAUAUGGAAAUUGAGAAAUUGGAGGAGCGAGCCUCUUCUCUAAGAAAGGAGCUUGCCAACAAGAACAUGCACCUAAAGAUACUCAUUGAUCAACUGCGUGAUCUUCUCUCUGAUAUAUCAACGUGGCAAAGUCCUUAUUCAACCUGAAGAUUAGGAUGAACUCUUAAAUUUGAGGGUAGUAUCAUGAAAUGAAAACCUGAGUUCAGAGUACAGUAAAUGCUAAUUAUGCCUCUUGAUAUUCUAACACUUGAAGUUGCAUAGUGAUCACAAAA